CACGCUAAUCCUAUUCUAUUACUACUACAGCGCCAGCAACUCCGGAAAGUCCACGAGCAUCUCGUCCUUGAAGAGCGCCUCGUCGGCGGAGGACGGCGUCCACAGGACCUCCGCGUUGUACACGAGGUCGCCGCCCUGCACGCCGCACCGCGUCGCGAGGUCGCGGAGCGCCGUCCGCAGCCGCGGCUCCGACGCCGCCGCGUCCGCGAAGAGCUCCGUCUCGUCGCCCUCGAGGCAGACGACGAUGGACACGACGCACAUGCCCCGCACGCCCUCGCUGGUCUGCUCCAGCUCCGCGCUGGACGGCGUCCGCUCCUCCUCGAACUUCGCCGCCUCCGCGUUCACGAGGUUCUCGUACGCGGUCUCGUGGUCGUAGCGCUCGACGCGGCCCGGGUCGAAGCGCUCUCCGACGGACGCGGCGUAGAGCCACGCGUCUGCCCGCCGCGCGAGGGAGGUCGCCACGUCCGCGAUGAAUUUCGGCAGAGCGGCGCGGCUCCGGUCGCGCUCGAAGCGCGCGGCGCAGUCGGCGACGACGCGCGUCGCCGACAUGUCUUCGUUCGCGAGCGCGAUCUGCAGCUUGCCGACCGUCGCGCCGGGCCGGUCGUCGAAGGGGUUCUCGAAUUUGAAGCCGCCGAAGGAGCGUCGCGUCCCGAGGCGCUGCCGCGGCGUUGCGGUGGGUGUCGGUGCGAGUGCGGCGGCGCAGGCGGCCAGGGCUGCCACACGUAUCGAGCGCAUGGUGUAGUCUAUCGGGCCUCUACGCAAGUUAUGACUCUGCUGCCCGGUCCAGCUGACUUCCAAAUGGCCCUGGCUGGCUCUGCCUGGUCCCGGCUUUGGCUGUCUGGCGCUGGAGGCUUUUUUUUU